AUGUCUGAUCCUAAUUACAUUUUUGAACCAAAAAGAAAAGACAUAAAAAAUGAAGUUCACAAAACUGCCAGUCAAAUCCCUCAAUAUUCUAUUGAAUAUGUAAAAUCUCUUUUUCCAAUCUUUAGUUGGAUCGGUCGUUAUAAUACCACAUGGUUUAUCGGUGAUUUAAUAGCCGGUAUAACCAUAGGAUUGGUGGUCAUUCCUCAAAGUAUGGCUUAUGCAAAGGUCGCGUCAUUACCCGUACAAUAUGGUUUAUAUUCUUCUUUUAUUGGGGUUACUGUAUAUUGUCUUUUCGCAACUUCAAAAGAUAUGACUAUUGGCCCUACCGCGGUCGUGUCCUUGCUCAUGGGGCAAACCUUGUCGACAAUUCUUAAAGAGAAUAAAGAUUAUUCAAAUACGAGAAUCGCUGCAACCUUUAGUCUAUUGACUGGACUUAUUAUUCUUUUAAUUGGUUUACUACGUAUCGGUUAUAUUGUUAGAAUCGUUUCUAAUCCCGUCAUUGCCGGCUUCACUACUGGUUCUGCUAUUAACAUUUCUAUAAGCCAGGUUGCUGGCUUACUGGGUAUAACCGGCGUAAAUACUAGGGAUCCGACAUACUUAGUUCUUGGAAACACUCUUGGAAAUUUGGGCCAUUCAACUAUUGAUGCUUCUGUUGGAUUGACUUGUUUAUUAUUGUUAUAUACUAUAAAAUUUGGGAUGUUAUACCUCUCUGACCGUUUUCCUAAUGCAAAAAGGAUUUUCUUCAUCACCAGCACUUUACGCAACUUUUUGGUGAUAGUUAUCUACACUUUAAUUGCCUAUCUGCUCAAUAUUGGAAAAUCUACAAAUCCUCUCAAUAUCUUAAAAACUGUACCUUCCGGACUCAAUGAUGUCGGUGCAAGGGAACUCAAUAGUGAAAUUUUAGGCAUUUGCGGCCCGUACCUCCCUGGAAUUUGUAUAGUUUUAAUUCUGGAACACAUUGCUAUUGCUAAAAGUUUUGGAAGAAUUAAUGACUACAAAGUUGACGCUAGUCAAGAGUGUAUUGCUAUUGGUGUCACAAAUGUUAUAGGCAGUUUUUUUGGCGCAUACCCAGCAACCGGUUCUUUUUCUCGUAGUGCUAUCAAGGCAAAAUCUGGUGUACGAACUCCUUUAGCUGGUAUAUUUUCCGGUAUCUUGGUAAUUUUGGCACUUUAUGCUUUAACACCUGCAUUUUAUUAUAUUCCUAAUGCGUCACUGAGUGUCGAAAUCGGAAUUUAUGUUUCCGUUGGUUUUUCACUUGUAAUAACUCUUUUCCGGCUAUCACGUCCACGAUUCGAAAUUCUUGGUCGCAUUGCGGUUGCUUCGUUCAAUGGUCUCACCUCCAACAAAUAUGCUUAUGUUCCGUUAAAAGCUCCUUUCGAUGACGCUCAAAGCCCACCAAGUGGUAUCUUAAUCUUCCGACUUGAUCGAACGUUUACCUAUCUAAAUACUGACUAUGUUGAAGACAAAAUAAUCAAUUACAUAAAAGAAAAUACUCGGCGAGUGACUGAGUUGCCUAAAAGUGCAAACGAACUACCAUGGAAUCAAGCUAGAAACGUUUAUGAUGAGAAAAUUACCCCAAACUCCGAGUUACCAUUAUUAAAAGCUAUAAUAUUCGAUUUUUCGGCUGUUCAUAUAGUAGACUCGACGGCUGUACAAACUUUAGUAGAUGCUAAAAAAGCUAUAAAAACAUAUUCUGGUAGUGAUGUUGAAUAUCACUUCGCGAAUAUUCAUAAUGAAUCAAUACAAAGAUCAUUGAUAAUUGCUGGCUUUGGUUCAGCAGAUCAGAAAGCUUCUUUGAUCGACAUUGGAACCAAUACCGCAGAAAAUAACGAUUUAGAAAGUAAAUCACAGGAAACUAAAAUAUCCUCGGAAAUUAAAAAAUCCGAAGAAAUUUCAGAAGUUGUGGUUGAUAAUAGUGAUACAACCACUAUUUCAAAAAGAAAUAAAUUCUUCCACAUAAAUUUGGAAGAAGCUGUAAUAGCUGCUACUAACGGAACUUGGUGA